AUGAUUGCAUCGAAAAAUGGACACAACAAUAAAGUAGAGUGUCUAAUCAAAAGUGGAGCAAAAAUAAAUCAAGUCGAAGAACAUGGAUGGAAUGCAUUACUGAUUGCAUCUCGAAAUGGACACGACAAGGUCGUGCAUGUUCUUUUGGCAAACGGAGCGGACAUUAAUCAUUUAAAUAUAGAAGGAUAUAAUGCAAUAAUGAUUGCUUCUCAAUAUGGUCAUGAAAAGGUAGUAAAAAUUCUACUUGAAUGUGGAGCACACAUAAACCAUAUUGACGAACAUGGAUGGAAUGAAUUAAUGAUUGCAUCUCACAACGGACACGAUAAGGUAGUAGACAUUCUAAUGAAAUUUGGAGCAGACAUUCACUAUAUAAAUAAAGAUGGAAUAAAUUCAUUAAUGAUUGCAUCUAGUCAGGGCCACGACAAGGUCGUAGAUAUUCUUGUUAAAGGUGGGGCAGACCUUGAGCAAACCGAAGAAGAUGGAUGGAAUGCAUUCAUAUUUGCAUCAGAAUAUGGAAAGGACAAGGUCGUAGAUAUGCUAAUUAAAAUGGGAGUCGACAUUCACCAUUUAUUCCAAAAAGAAUGGAAUGCAUUAUUGAUUGCAUCUCAAAACGGACACGAAAAGGUUGUAAACAUUCUUAUUAAUGGUGGUGCAGACAUAAACCAUGUCGGAUUAAACGGGUGCAGUGCGUUAAAUAUUGCAUCCCAAAAGGGGCACUAUAAAGUGGUUGGGAUUUUGUUAAAAUUCGGAGCAGACAUUCACCAUUCAAGAAAAGAUGGGUAUAACUCUUUAAUGAUUGCAUCUCAAAAUGGACAUGAUAAGGUUGUAGACAUUCUCAUUAAAAGUGGAGCAGACAUAAACCAUGCCGAAGUAUAUGGAUGGAAUGCAGUAAUGAUUACAAGUAAAAAUGGACACGCCACGAUCUUAGAAAUUCUAAUUAAAGAAGGCGCAAAUUUUCACCAUGUAAAUAAAAAGGGUAACAACUCAUUAACGAUUUCAUCUCAAAAUGGACACGACAAAGUCGUACAUAUUCUAUCGGAAAUCGGGGCGGACAUUAAUCAUUUAAAUAUAGAAGGAUAUAAUGCAUUAAUGAUUGCCUCGCAACAUGGACACGAAAAGGUAACUUCAAUUUUAAUUAAAUGUGGUGCAAACAUUAACUAUACAAACUAUAAAGGAUUUAAUGCUUUAAGGCUUGCCUCUCAAAAUGGACACGACAAGGUAGUAAACAUUCUUAUUAAUGGUGGUGCAGACAUAAACCAUGUCUACGAAGAUGGUUGGACUCCAUUAAUGAUUGCAUCUCAAGAUGGACACAACAAUGCAGUAGAGAGUCUAAUUAAAAGUGGAGCAAAAAUAAAUCAAAUCGAAGUACAUGGAUGGAAUGCAUUAAUGAUUGCAUCUCAAAAUGGACACGAUAAGGUAGUGCAUAAUCUAUUGGCAAACGGGGCUGAUAUUAAUCAUUUAGAUAUAGAAGGAUUUAAUGCAAUAAUGAUUGCUUCUCAAUAUGGUCAUGAAAAUGUCACAGACAUUUUAAUUAAAAAUAAAGCAAACUUUCACUAUGCUAACCAUAAAGGAUAUGAUUCAUUAAGGCUUGCAUCCCAACAUGGACAUUACAAGGUAGUAAAAAUUCUACUUAAAUGUGGAGCACACAUAAACCAUAUUGACGAACAUGGAUGGAAUGAAUUAAUGAUUGCAUCUCACAACGGACACGAUAAGGUAGUAGACAUUCUAAUGAAAUUUGGAGCAGACAUUCACUAUAUAAAUAAAGAUGGAAUAACUUCAUUAAUGAUUGCAUCUAGUCAGGGCCACGACGAGGUCGUAGAUAUUCUUGUUAAAGGUGGGGCAGACCUUGAGCAAACCGAAGAAGAUGGAUGGAAUGCAUUCAUAUUUGCAUCAGAAAAAGGAAAGGACACGAUCGUUGAUAUGCUAAUUAAAUUGGGAGCUGACAUUCAUCAUUUAUUCGAAAAUGAAUGGAAUGCAUUAUUGAUUGCAUCUCAAAAUGGACACGACAAGGUUGUAAACAUUCUUAUUAAUGGUGGUGCAGACAUAAACCAUGAAGAGGAAAACGGAUGCAGUGCAUUGAUAAUUGCAUCUGAAAUGGGGCACCAUGAAGUGGUUGAGAUUCUAUUAAAAUUUGGAGCAGACAUUCACCAUGCAAGAAAAGAUGGGUAUGACUCUUUAAUGAUUGCAUCUCAAAAUGGACAUGAUAAGGUUGUAGAAAUACUGAUUAAAAGUGGAGCAGACAUAAACCAUGCCGAAGUAAACGGAUGGAAUGCAGUAAUGAUUGCUUCUUAUUAUGGUCACGAUAAGGUUGUAGACAAACUUAUUAAAAGUGGAGCAGAUAUAAACUAUGUAAACGAACAAGGAUUCAACGCAUUAAUGUUUACUUGUCAAAAUGGACACGUCAAGGUCUUAAAUAUUCUAACAAACGGAGGCGCAGACGUUCAUAAGGUAAAUGUGUAUGAACAAAAUGCUUUAAUGAUUGCUUCUGAACGUGGACACGAAAAAGUCAUAUAUCAUUUAAUUAACAAUAAUGCUGACAUUCAUCAUGUUAACCAUAAAGGAUAUGAUUCAUUAAGGCUUGCAUCUGAAAAUGGACACUACAAGGUAGUAAACAUUCUAAUUAAAUGUGGAGCAGACAUAAACCAUAUUGACAAACAUGGAUGCAAUGCAUUGAUGAUAGCAUCUCAAAACGGCUACGACAAGGUAGUAGACAUUCUUAUUAAAUUUGGAGCAAACGUUCACAGUAUAAAUAAAGAUGGAAAAAAUUCAUUAAUGAUUGCAUCUGGUCAGGGCCACGACAAGGUCGUAGAUAUUCUUGUUAAAGGUGGGGCAGACCUUGAGCAAACCGAAGAAGAUGGAUGGAAUGCAUUAAUAUUUGCAUCUUAUUAUGGAAAGGACAAGAUUGUAGAUAUGCUAAUUAAAAUGCGAACCGACAUUAACCAUUUAUUAAAAAAUGAAUGGAAUGCAUUAUUGAUUGCAUCUCAAAAUGGACACGACAAAGUUGUGAACAUUCUUAUUAAUGGUGGUGCAGACAUAAACCAUGAAGAGGAAAACGGAUGCAGCGCGUUAAUAAUUGCAUCUCAAAUGGGGCACCAUGAUGUGGUUGAGAUUCUAUUAAAAUUUAGAGCAGACAUUCACCAUGCAAAAAAAGAUGGAUAUGACUCUUUAAUGAUUGCAUCUGAAAAUGGACAUGAUAAGGUUGUAGACAUUCUAAUUAAUUUUGGAGCAGACAUUCACCAUGUAAUUAAAUGUGGACUUAAUUCAUUGAUGACUGCAUCACGUCAAGGGCAAGACAAGGUUGUUGAAAUUCUAAUUAGAGAAGGAGCAGACAUACAUCAAAUCAAAGAAGAUGGCUGGAAUGCAUUAAUGAUCGCUUCUGAAAAUGGAAAUUUACAAGUCGUAGAUAUUCUUAUAACAUUUGGAGCCGACGUGAACCAUAAAAGUAAAAAUGGACUUAAUUCAUUAAUGAUUGCUUCUGACCAGGGCAACGACAAAGGCGUAGAAUUUCUAAUAGGAUAUGGUGCAGAUAUAAACCAAGUCGAAGAAUAUGGAUGGAAUGCAUUAUUUUUUGCAUCUCAAAAAGGAAGUGACAAAGUCGUUAAUAUUCUAAUUAAAGUUGGAGCAGACAUUAACCAUGAAUCCCGAGAUGGACUCAACGCAUUAUUUAUUGCAUCUGCAAACGGACACGACAAGGUUGUAGACUUACUACUUAAAGGUGGCGCAUACGUAAACUAUGUGAAAGAUAAUGGAUGGUCUGCCUUAAUGAUUGCAACUCAAAAUGGACACGACAAGGUUGUAAACAUUCUACUUAAAGGUGGAGCAGACAUUGAUUACGUUGAAAAAGGUAGUUAUAACUCUAUAAUGAUUGCAUCUAAAAAUGGACACUAUAAUGUCGUAGAUAUUUUAAUUAGAAAUGGAGCAGACCUACACUAUAUAAAAGAAGAUGGAUGGAAUGCAUUAAUGAUUGCAUCUCACUGUGGGCACAGCCAGAUUGUAUAUAAUCUAACUCAAUUUGGAGCAGACAUUGAACAUGCUUGUAAAGAUGGAAAUAAUUCGAUAAUGAUUGCAUCUUCUUGUGGCCACGACAAGGUUGUAGAGAUUCUAAUUAAAGCUGGAGCAAACCUAGAGCAAGUCGAAAAAGAUGGAUUUAAUGCAUUAAUGAUUGCAUCUCAAAACGGACAUAACCAUAUAGUACAUAUUCUAAUUAAAUUAGGAGUAGACGUAAACAUUGUAAACAAAAAUGGACUUAAUUCAUUAAUGAUUGCAUCGCUAAAUGGACACGACGCGGUUGUAGAUAUACUAAUUAAAGUUGGAGCAGAUGUAAAUCAGACAAACAAAAAUGGAUAUAAUGCAUUAAUGAUUGCAUCUAUAAAUGGGCACGACAAGGUCGUAGAUAUUCUAAUUAAAUUCGGGGCAGACAUUAACCACGUGGUAGAUAUUCUUAUCAUAGCUGGAGCAGACAUAAAUCAUGUGCAAGAUGAUAGAUGGAAUGCCUUAAUGAUUGCUUCUCAUAAUGGACACGACAAGGUGGUAAAAAUUCUUAAUAAAACUGGAGCAGACAUAAACUAUGUAAAACAAAAUGGAAGGAAUGCCUUAAUGAUUACAUCUCUAAAAGGACACGAAGCGGUGGUAGAUAUUCUUAUUCAAGCAGGAGCAGACAUAAAUCAUAUGGAAGAUGAUGGAUAUAAUGCCUUAAUGAAUGCAUCUCUAAAUGAACACGACAUUGUGGUAGAUAUUCUAAUUAAAGCAGGGACAGACAUAAACUAUGUAAAACAAAAUGAAAUGAAUGCCUUAAUGAUUGCAUCUCUAGAAGGACACGACAGGGUGGUGGAUAUUAUAAUUAAAGCAGGAGCAGACUUAAAUAAUGUGGAAGAUGAUGGAUAUAAUGCCUUAAUGAUUGCAUCUCAGAACGGACACGACAAUGUGGUAGAUAUUCUUUUUAAAGCUUGA